AUGGCCGCCGCCACUACCACCUUCAAGCCUAUCACUGGCGUACGUCUUUUCCCUGGCUCAAUUGCCCGAGCGCUGGCCCUCUAUGCGAUCAUGGUCCGCCGUGGCCUCUUUUUCGACCUCGGAAUUGCCCUUGGUAUCGGAUUCAGCAUGGCCAACCUCUUCUGGUACGGCUUCCACGUCCCCCGCACCAACGCGCGCGACAACUUCUACGCCAAGCUGGAGGAGAAGCGCGCCGCCGACAAGGCUAGUCAGUAA